AUGAAGUCCCUUGCUCUCUUCCUAUCGGCUGCCGCCUCGCUGGUUUCGGCGUCCGCCAUCGCCCUCGAUCGUGAAGCUAUUCCAGCCGGGGCGUCGAUAACAUUUCCCCGUCAUGAAUCUCAGUUCAACCCAUCCGUGACACUUGAAGGCAGGGGCCACGGCAGGGGUCACGGCAGGGAGAAGGACAACUGGGGCAACGCUGUCGAAAAGGACCGCCAGAAGGUCACUAUCCGCGCGUCCAAGCACGACCGCGAUGAUAUCAGUGACGACUUCCUCUGGGCACUCAAGAAGGCGAACCAUGGCGGCCUACUGCAUCUGCAGAAGGGGAAGAAAUAUGUAAUUGGCAAGAAGCUGGAUCUGAGUUUUCUGAACGAUAUCUAUGUCAAGAUCGACGGUGAGCUAAAGUUCACCAACGACAUUGAAUACUGGCAGGCCAACAACUUCUACUAUGACUUCCAGAAGAGCAUUACCUUCUGGGUCUGGGGUGGCAAGGAUAUCAAGAUAUACGGCUCCGGCGUCAUCAACGGCAACGGCCAGGCAUGGUGGGACGGCUUCUCGGGCCACGAGAUUCUCGACCCCGACAAUGAGUACUACCGGCCCAUUCUGUUUCUGACCGACAACGCCACCAACGUCGAGGUUCGCGGCCUGCACCUCAAGGACUCGCCGUGCUGGACCAACUUCUUUGUGCGUUCCAAGAACAUUGUUUUCGACGACGUCUACAUCUCUGCCGUGUCUACCAACGCAUCGACCCUGCCCAAGAACACGGACGGUUUCGACUCGCUCAACGUCUCGGGCCUGACCGUGCUCAACACGCGCGUCAACGUGGGCGACGACUGCUUCUCGCCCAAGCCCAACACGUCCGACAUCCUGGUGCGCAACCUGUGGUGCAACGGGACGCACGGGGUGAGCAUGGGCAGCAUCGGGCAGUACGCGGGCGUGCUGGACUACAUCGCGGACGCGCACAUCGAGAACGUGACGCUGCUCAACGGCGAGAACGGGGCGCGGCUCAAGGCCUGGGCCGGCCCGGACGUCGGGUACGGCUACAUCCGCAACGUCACCUACAAGGACAUCCGGGUCGAGAACACCGACUCCCCCAUCGUGCUCGACCAGUGCUACUUCAACGUCAACGAGACCGUCUGCGCGCAGUAUCCGAGCAGGGUCAACAUCACCGACAUCAACUUCAUCAACGUGCGCGGCACCAGCAGCGGUAAGGAGGGGAGGGUCGUGGCGGACCUCACCUGCUCCCCCGGCGCGACCUGUACUGGCAUCCAUCUGGAGGGGAUCGACAUCACCAGCCCCAAGGGCUCGCCCCCGCAGAUUGUGUGUGAGAACAUCGAGGGAGAUAUCGGCGUUGACUGUAUCCCCAAGGACGAGGCGGACUAUUCAGGUUGA